GGGUUACAAUACAAAUAAAAAAAAAAGAAAAAGAGUAGCCCUUUUUGCCUAGAGGAGAAACCUUGAAUUACUUAAUAGGUUUUGUAAUUGUUAAAAAUUAAAGAACGAAAAAUUAAAGCAUUGACAUGUCUUCAAAUUUUGCAUUGGUUAUUCUUUUGCUAAUUUGCAAUAGCAUUCUUCAAGUGAAAUGUUACUUUGGAGUAAAUAUCGAAACGCAACUGGAGUUUGAUUGGACAAACUGCGGAGAUAAAUCAGUAGACCCUAUUGUAUUCAAUAGUAUGAAUGCCGAACCUGAUCCAGUUAAUAUACCUGGUAAUUUAUCAUUAAGCCUUGAUGCUGUUAUUAAAACGACUGUUGCUGAGCCUACUUUACUACAAAUUAUAAUUAAAAAAAAGUUUCUUGGUAAAUUUUUUGAAGUACCAUGUCUUGAUAAUAUUGGUUCAUGUAAUUACUCAAAUCCAUGUGAUCUUUUACAAAACAUCAAAUGCCCAUCAGAAGUAGUGGACCAAGGUUGGAACUGCCGUUGUCCGCUUACACAAAGUGAAAUAAAGUUAGAAAAACUCGUUAUUAUUAUUCCAAAGUUAAGUCUACCUUCAUUUAUUGAAAACGGAGAGUAUGAAAUAAAAGCUACUUUGAAUAAUGGCGGUGAACAAUUAUUUUGUUACCAAAUACAUUGCUCCUUACACAGCACUGGUAUAUUAGUGCACUAAUAUCAUUUUUUUUUUUUCUUAUUACGAAAAAAUUAAUCUGCUUAUUUCAGUAACGUUUUGAAUAAUUUUAUUAUCGAUGCGUAAAAUAACAAUGACUAAUAAAUAUUUUAUAUUAUUAUUAAGUUACGCACUAUUUUUUUUCAAGCAAACAUUUUUUAUUAGGCAUUUAUUCUUAGUUUAUAUUGUUUAAUCUUGUUAUUUGUUUAUAUUGUUUUAUCUUGUUUAUAAUGUUUUAUGUUGUCAUUUGUUAUGACACUUAAGCUGCACUUUUGUUGUAAAAAUUUAUAUUGGAAAUUACAAUAAAUUUUUUUAUAA